GCGGGGCUCCUCACUAUGCACCGGGUGACAGCCCGGGGAGCAUGGGUGCCCCCCUCACCUCUGCGGGCUGUCAGCAGCCCGUGCAGGUGCCCGUGUCCCCGCAGCCCGGGUGGCCGUGCAGUGCCGUGCCGUGUCCGUCCCCGCCGCAGGGCCCCGAGGAGCGCUCGGGGCUAUUUUUGGGCCGUGCCGAGCGGCAGUGCCAGGGGGCCCCGCGUCACAGGCGGGCCGCGGCACCGCGCUCAUUCCUGCCGGCACACGGGGAGCAGCAGCACAGCUCGGCUCGGAUCCCCCGCCUCACAUACAGGGAGAGAUGGCAGGUGGCAUUUUCUCCCCGCUGGGCAGCUGCUCGGAGCUGGAGAAGGCCAACUGCCACCCGCUGGUGUGCCUGCUCUGCCACGAGCCCUACCAGCACCCCUGCCUGCUCGACUGCUACCACAACUUCUGUGCCAGCUGCCUGCGAGGCCGUGCCAGCGACGGCCGCCUGCGCUGCCCCCUCUGCGGGUAAGGGACGGCCAGGACUGGGGCACAGCCCUGCUCCCUGCAUCCCCAGAGCUGUCCCCAUGCUUGUCCCCAUGCAGGCACCCCUCGGUGGUGAGGGGAGGCACGGGGCUGCCCCCCGUGGACCGGCUGCUGCAGUUCCUGGUGGACAGCUCGGCCGACAACGAGGAGGACGUGCAGUGUGCCAACUGCGACCGCUGCUGCACCAAGGCGGAGCUGGACACCAUGUACUUCUGCAACACCUGUGGGCAGCCCCUCUGUGCCCCGUGCCGUGAGGAGACACACCGUGCCAGGAUGUUCGCCCGCCACGAGAUCGUCUCCCUCUCCAAGCGCACCAAAGACAUCCACAAGAAGUGCCCACUGCACGAGGAGCCCUACAUCAUGUUCUCCACUGAGAAGAAGUCCAUGCUCUGCAUCAACUGCUUCAGGGACAUGCAGGGGGAGAGCCGGGCACACUGCAUCGACAUCGAGACCGCGUACAUGCAGGGCUGCCAGCGCCUGGACCAGGCAGUGAUGGCUGUGAAGGAGCUGCAGACCUCCACGCGUGAGGCCAUCGUCCUGCUCAAGGCCAUGAUCGAGGAGGUUCGGAACAGUGCCAGCGAGGAGGAGGCGGCCAUCAACUCCCUCUUCAGUCGCAUGCAGGAGCAGCUCUCCGAGAGGAAAAAGACACUCCUGAAAGCUGUGCAGAGCCAGCACGAGGAAAAGGAGAAGGCAUUCAAGGAGCAGCUCGCCCACCUUGCCUCCCUGCUGCCCACUCUGCAGGUCCACCUGGUGACCUGCUCGGCCUUCCUGAGCUCUGCCAACAAAGCUGAAUUCCUGGACCUGGGCUAUCAACUGAUGGAGAGGCUGCAGAGGAUUGUCAAGCUGCCUCAUCGCCUGCGGCCGGCCCAGACCAGCAAGAUCAACAGCGAGUACCGGGCAGAGUUUGCCCGCUGCCUGGAGCCCCUCCUGAUGCUCAGCCCCCGCCGCUCCGUGGUGGGCAGCGCUGGUGGCAUCGGACCUGGCAUCACUGGCACCAACAUGCUCCCCGGUGGCCAAUGCUCCAAGACCCUCAUGGUGCCCAGCUGCCCCCCCAGCAGUGACAAAAUGUCCACUGGCCCCAUGGUGAAGAAGCCAACGAUGCACCGGUACAUCAGCACCAAGGUGCUGCUGGCUGAGGGGCGUGAGACCCCCUUUGCUGAGCACUGCCGCAACUACGAGAACACCUACAGGAUGCUGCAGACGGAGAUCCAGGGCCUGAAGGACCAGGUGCAGGAGCUGCACCGUGACCUCACCAAGCACCACUCGCUCAUCAAGUCGGAGAUCAUGAGCGAGAUCCUGCAGAAGUCGCUGCAGAUGGACGUGCAGAUCGCAGCUCACUACUCCGCCGUGGAGAUGAUGCGCAGCGUCUUUGAGGAGGUUUGGGAGGAGACCUACCAGCGGGUAGCAAAUGAGCAGGAGAUCUAUGAAGCCCAGCUCCAUGACCUGCUGCAGCUGAGGCAGGAGAACAGCUGCCUGAGCACCAUCACCAAGCAGAUCGCGCCCUACGUGCGCUCCAUCGCCAAAGUGAAGGAGCGCCUGGAGCCCAGGCUGCAGGAGCCCCAGGAGCCCAGAGAAGAACAGGCCCAGAUGCUGCUCAAGAUCUGUGACAACAAUGAAGUGGUGCCAAGGGAUGCCUCACCUGGCAGCAACAAGGGGGCUUCAGCCUGCCCUGGGGAGGGCUUCACACCCAAGGACACCCCUGGAGACCCCUCCCUAAAAAACAAAGACUGCUGCAGGGGCCAGCAGAAGAGUGGAGCAGAGACUGCUACCCCAAAAGAGCCAGCACCAUAAGCCCAGUGCUGGGCACUUGGCUGGGCUGCUGGGCACAACCAUGCCCUGGUGAGUGACCAGCUCCUCUUGCCCAGUGCCACAAGCCAGGGCAGGAAACAGCCCGAGCAGCUGUGUUUGCAGCACAUACAAAGGCCUCAGGUGGACUUGCUCCUGAAAAACUCUCCUUGUGCUCUUCCUUGCGUGUGUCAGAGUGAAAUAAAAGGGUGCAGUUGUCCA